GAAGCAUCCACCCGCUUGCGGUCUUCUCUUAUUAUUAUUAUCUUCUCUCUUCUUCUCCUCCUCCUCCUCUCUGAGACUUCGUGCUAGCAUGGAUUCCUCCCUACUAUUUUUUUGCUGCCUCUGGCUCGCAUGUUCUUUGUCUGGAGAUCUCCGCCUCCGAAGCUACCUCUCCCCUUCGUCCUUACCGCUUCUUCUCCCUUAAAUACCACUCUUGCUUGUCCAUCUACCCACUUCCCGCUCUGCUCUUCCCUCAUUUCUCACGCUUCCAGAUCUUUGAGUUCCAGUUGCUCUUCUCCUAGUAUUCACUCUUAGAGGUUUUGUUUCUUUAACAAGAGGUGAUGGUGGGGCAAAAGCCACUAAUGCUCAAGGAGUACCUUGAGCUGGAUUCGAAUUUGGAGUCCUGCUCCAGGUUCGGGUGCGCGCCGCGUCGGGGCGACGCGGCCACCAUGCGUUGCCUCCUCGAAGCGGAGCUCCGCGGCACCGAUGGCGGGAGGCUGGUGAGAGCGCGCUCAAAUGGCGCCCUCGCGAAGCUCUCCGCCGUUAUCCACGCCGUCAGGCUCCUCCCCUUCGGCGGCUUGUCCGCCGGGUGCCGGUCCAGCCACGAGGGAUUCCUCGCCAGAAGCUUCUCGAAGCGGCUUAGAGGAAGCUUCUGGAAAAAGAGAGGCAAGGAGGAGGAACACGAGGCUAGAGUGAGGGUCAUAGACAUUGUACAGCUGAGGUCGUUCGAGGAGGAAGGAGAGGAGGGGAAAUCGUUCGAUUUCCCCUCUCCAGUUGUCAGCAGCUGUAGCAGUUGGUCCGAGACCUACUCGUCCGGAUCGGACUUCUUGCGCUCGUCCAUCGGUAGCUCGGAGUGCCUCGGCGAACUGGACGCCGCUGACGACGACCGCGGGGAUGGCGUAAAGGGGUCACCGCCGCGGCGGAACCCGAGCCUGAAACGGAGCCCAAAGGGUAGUAAGGCUGUUGCUGGGGAUUCCGUUCCCGUGGACGCAGGUACCGGCCACCGAGAGCCCAAGGGCAAGACGAUGGAGUGCCCAGGGUGCCAGCCGGAGGAGAAGGAGCAACUAAGCCCAGUGUCCGUGAUGGACUUCCCAUAUGAGGACGAAGAAGCGGAAUCGUCCCCGUCGCCCUCCUUCCAGCCAAACCUCGCCAAAGUUGAGAGAACAAAGCUGCAACUGCUGCAGAAGAUCAGACGGUUCGACAGCCUCGCUGAGCUGGAAGCUGUUGACCUCGAAGAUCGCUUCUCGUCGUUGGAGGACCAGCCCGAAUGGACAGGCCAUGUGGAAUCGGACGUAGAGGAAGAGGCUCGUAGAGCCACCGUGGAGGCGAGGGCGUGGGACCUACUCGGGGACCUCGAAGGCAGGGCUCACGGGGGCCCACUCGGGUGCGUCGAGAAGCUACUGCUGGACUUCUUCAUCGAACGGCUCUCCUUCUCUGAUAGCGUUGAUCAUAGCCGUCUUUUGCACACCAGAGGGACAUCAAGUGUACGCGAGCCGGCUGAGUUAUUGGAGGCCGCGAGGGAGUGGAUCAACGGUGAAGGCAGCAGGGAGGUGGAGGAGUUCCCUAUCGUGGCGGAGGUUAAGGAGAUGGAGAGGAACGGAAGGUGGCGAUGCUUCGAUGAGGAAGAGGAGGAGUUGGCAGCGGACUUGGCGGACGCCAUGUUAGGGUCCUUGGUAGGGGAGCUGGUGCUAGAUUUAGUAUCAUGCCAAUAAUUAACGAUCUCCGUUAAUUAAAUUAAUUUAGAAA